AAUAUGCGAAAUCAGAGCUCUGUGACUGCAUUUGUCCUGGUGGGAUUCUCUGAAUACCCACACCUCCAGGCACCCCUCUUCCUGAUGUUCCUGACAAUCUACACAGUGACUCUGUUGGGGAACUUGGGCAUAAUUUUGGUCAGAAAGAUCAACCCCAAACUUCAUACACCCAUGUAUUUUUUUCUCAGCCAUCUUUCCUUUUUGGAUAUUUGUUACUCCAGUGUGUUUACACCCAAACUGUUAGAAAUCUUGGUUGUGGAAGACAGAAUCAUCUCCUUCAGAGGAUGCAUGACACAAUAUUUCUUUGGCUGUGCAUGUGUGAUUACAGAGAUGUUUAUGCUGGCAGUGAUGGCCUAUGACCGCUUCGUGGCUGUCUGCAACCCCCUGAUCUACACAGUCUCUAUGUCACCUAAGCUCUGUGCUCUCCUUGUGGCAGGGACAUACAUGUGGGGUGGACUCUGUUCCUUGACAAUCACAUACUCCCUUGUGCAACUGUCCUACUGUGAGCCUAAUGUCAUAAAUCACUUUGGCUGUGAGUACUCAGCUGUCCUCUCUGUAUCCUGUUCAGACCUUUCCUUCACCCAGAUGGUAUGUUUUAUAAUUUCUAUAGUCUGUGAAGCUAGCAGCCUCCUGAUCAUUCUUGCCUCCUAUGUGUUCAUAGUUGUGACUAUCGUCAGGAUACCCUCCAAAGGUGGACUCCAGAAAGCCCUCUCUACUUGCACCUCCCACCUCACUGCCAUCAGCAUCUUCCACGGCAUCAUUCUCCUUCUCUACUGUGUGCCCAGCUCUAAAAGCUCCUGGCUUCUGGUCAAAGUGGCAACUGUGCUUUAUACAGUUCUGGUCCCCAUGCUGAAUCCCCUCAUCUAUAGCCUCAGGAACAAGGAUGUGAAAGAUACAGUCAGAAAGCUGAUCACAUCCAAAUUGCAUUCCCAAGCUAUAUAA